AUGAAUUCGGCGUCGAAGGUAGGCGAGAUUUUUGCGGCGGCCGGUUCGGCUUUCAACAAAUUGGGCGAAUUGACGAUGCAGCUGCACGCUUCGGCCGAUUCGACAGCGGGGAAGUGGACAGAUCAGGAGAUAGAAAUGUUGAGGGACUCGCUGCAGCGGUUUAGCGGAGACCUGAACUCGAUUUCGGAGGUCAUCAAGGCGCGGACAGUUAACCAAAUUCGUGCAACUCUGAAGAAAAAAGCUUUUGAGGACGCAGGAAUUCCAGUUAGGACAUCUGUCCAGCAGCCAGCGCAAACACCCACCACUCCAACCUCAAUGUUGGCCACGAGAGAAGUUAGCAAACCAUCUGCAGAGGUGACUUUGAACGCCCUUAACGCAACCGUGGAAUCAGAAGUGGAUGUCGAAGGUCUCAACGAAGAUAAGCUCGAGUUUGGUCCCACAGAAGAAGUUACCUCUUGAGUUCAGUUUCUUAUUUGACUUAUUAUUAUUGGAAGUAUAACAAAACUGUUGAGUGAGCCCUAUGAAUGUAAAAAAUCCGACAAUUUACUGGUAAUUUUAAUAAAUUUGACAAAUUUUUAGUGUUCAAAAAGAAAUCAAGUUUAAAUAUUGCUCGCUGGUAUUGGCAGAUAAAAAUUUACAAGUGCUUCCCAAAUUUUUUGUCUCCAUAAAUAGAUCUUUAGAAUUUAAUAAGGAAUUUCUGAAAUUUUAUCUCCAUUAUU